UUGGGAGCGAUGGGAGGGGAGCGCGCAGUGCUGCAGCUGGACGGCGGAGCGGCUCGUGUGGUGCCGGGCAUGACGAGAUGCUGCCUGUCACAGCGGUGUCGGAGUGAUAAUGAACGCCUUCAGUAAGUGCUGGGAUGGAUGAGGAAGGUUUGCUGUCAGCGCAGGGUGGAAUAACAGUGUGCCGUUGUGCCUCCUGGCUCCGCGAUGGUGUCACCUCUGGGCGCUUUUCCCUCUGCUAUCCGGACAGGGGACACUGGCGGAGAAGUGGCACACCGGCAUCGGAAUUUACACAAUUAUCAGUCUCAGAAUAGACAGGCGAGGGAGUAGAGGAGUUGUCAUGGAAAGACAGAGCAGAGUCAAGGAGGAAAUGCCGACAUUGAAGGAGGAGAAGCGCAAAGAGAAGAAGCCGAAAUCUGGGAAGCUUUUCCGAAAGAAAUCGUUAAAGUCUGUAGGGAGUUUUAUGAACAAAAUCAUCAAAACUUUGGGCACUUUCACCCACUUUGGAGACGCUGACGCGCAGGACGCGGAGGACGACGACGGGGGGUUUCGGAAUGGCGCACCUUGCACCCUCAGCGCCAGCUCAGGAAUUAUCAAAGAGGAUGUACAGGUGGCGUGGGAUCGGAUGGUGAAAAACACUCAGAGCACGUCUUCAUCUCUGUGCACCGGCAGAGAGAAACUACUUUACCAAUACGGAGACAAAGUCCCAGGUGUUCUGGGGCUGAAAAACCACGGGAACACGUGUUUUAUGAACGCCGUGGUCCAGUGUUUGAGCAACACCGAUCUGCUCGCAGAGUACCUGGGGCUGGAGCGGUACAAGCUGGACCUGAGUGAGACCAGAAUAAACGGGCUGGUGAAAAGUGAUGAGACGAGGCUUGCCAAGGGAGAAGUCACGGAGAAGUUGGCAUCACUUGUCAGGGCUCUGUGGACUCUGGAGUACACACCGCAGCUGUCUGUGGACUUCAAGACUAUAGUGUCCAAGUAUGGAUCACAGUUCCGUGGUAAUUCCCAACAUGAUGCCCUGGAGUUCCUCCUGUGGCUGCUGGACCGCGUCCAUGAAGACGUCAAUCUGGCCUCCCACAACAACAACAACAAGACCAAAGCUCCUGGAAAGGGCCCCGGUGGAGCUGAGGAGGUGCUAUCUCCUGACCCGUCCCAAUCCCAGCAGCCCAGAGUCCAGCACAGCUUUGUCCAGGAACAUUUCCAGGCACAGUACAAAUCUUCGCUGACAUGCCCACACUGUCUGAAACAGAGCAACACCUUUGACCCAUUCCUCUGCAUCUCACUCCCCAUUCCUCUUCGCCAGACCAGGCCGCUGUGUGUGACUCUGGUGUUCAGCACCAAAGGACAGAGGUUUCUGCGAGUCGGGCUGGCUGUGCCUCUGUUUGGCUCCAUGGCCUGUCUGAGGAGGAUGGUGGCUGACGAGGGGAAAAUUUCCCCAGACCAGGUGAUCCUCACAGAGGUUUACUCCACAGGGUUCCAGCGCUCCUUCUUUGAUGAAGAGGAUCUAACCAGCAUAGCUGAGAAUGAUGUCAUCUACGCCUUCCAGGCUCCGCCCCUCUACAUCAGAGGGGGCUCUGCACGGAUCUCAGGGUACCAUCACAGCCUGCCAUCCUCUCCAUACUCCACUGGUCCUGAGGGUCAAAGGUUACCUGCAUCUGGGACGCUGUCGUCGGAGUUCCUCAACCAGGGCGUCCCUGUAAAGAUUCUGCUGUUGGUGUGCAACGCUGCAGGAGCAGGCCAACAGACUGUUAGGUUUGGACCACCAUUCCUAAUGAGGGAGGACCGGUCUAUUUCCUGGGACCAGCUGCAGCAGAGUAUCCUCAGCAAACUGUAUUACCUGAUGAUCAAUGGAGCACAGGCACAGAAUACCAGAGUGCUGUUCAAUAUCCGUGUGGUGGGAGGAUCAGCAUUUUACAGCUACCUGUCGCCUCAGGACGGGCGGCCGCUCUACCACCCUGCUGUCGACAGAGCUCUGAAGCUCUGCGGCUCAGGAGGACCUCCACACGUGAAGCUCAUCAUUGAGUGGGAGUACAGAAUCAAAGACUGCCUGUUUGGUAACAUUCAGGAGGAGGUGGUGAAGGAUGCAGAGAGUGUGAGGAAUCAGCAGCAGCAGCACGUCCAGCAGUACAGCUGCACUUUGGAUGAGUGCUUCCAGCUCUACACCAAAGAAGAACAGCUCGCCCCAGAUGAUGCCUGGAAGUGCCCUCACUGUAAGCAGCUGCAGCAGGGCAUGGUGAAGAUGAGCUUGUGGACGCUCCCGGACAUCCUCAUCCUCCACCUGAAGCGUUUCAGGCAGGUGGGUGAGCGGAGGAACAAGCUCACCACGUUCGUUCAUUUCCCCAUGGCGGGCCUGGAUAUGACGCCUCACAUGGUGAACCGCAACCACGGCGCCCAUCAGGCCCCUCCCCAGCCAGGCUGGAAACAGUCCCGGCGACCUGACCUGGCUCCUCCUGAUUUCUUGUACGAUCUGUAUGCUGUGUGCAACCACCAUGGAGGAAUGCACGGCGGGCAUUACACAGCCUUUUGUAGGAACUCAGUGGACGGCCAGUGGUACAGUUAUGAUGACAGCAGUGCUGAGCCGGUUCCAGAGGGGGAGGUGUGCACACGAGGAGCCUACAUCCUCUUCUAUCAACGAAGAAACAACAUCCCCCCUUGGUCUGCCAGCUCCUCAGUCACUGGUUCCACCAGCUCAUCCGCCUCUGACCACUGGCUUGUCCGGCUGACAGGAGGCAGUAAGAGAGGCAGCUUGGUGUCAGCAGGACCCAUCUCUGGACCCCCAGGGCCCACACAGGCCCCAGAGUCUCCUGAGCUGCCAGUGUUUGGAGACGAACCCCCCAAAACAGUAGACAUAAAUGGAUUUGAAGCCAAGCCGUUUGUCCGCGGGACUCAAGGCAGGAGUGUAAGCAUGAGAUCGCCAACUAAGCCCAAAGAGACUUUGAGCAAAGUUCUGCCACUGCGGUGGUCCUUUGGCUCCAAGGACCGCAUUAAACACUCAGCCCAGACCCAGCCCGGAGAGCUGGUGGAGUAUCUGGAGUCCGGGCGCCGGCCACGAUGCACCAAAGACCCUAUCAUAACAUUGGUGGCCACGCCACCACUAAAGAAUGCCCAGGGAAGAGCCUUUGAAGUAGGACAGGACUGUAGCUCACCGAGUGGCAGCAGCCUCAGCUGUACAGAAAGACUCAGCUCGGAUACUUGUUACUCCCCCAAAAUACCAGAGGGACAGAGCAGACCUUGUGCAGAGAGAAACGUCAGCAGCAAUGUCAAAGGCAGGGAUGACAGUUCUCUGAGGCAGAGGUCAUCUAAGAGAGCUAGACAGGACCAGGGCAGGACCCUUGACCUGCAGCUCCAGAGAGGGGCUAUUCUAGGAGGUCAUAUCAGCCACAGUGCACCUCCAAGCAGAGACUCCACACUGAGAAGAGCUAAGGUGCAGACAGGGGGGACCUCCAGGGCACAAAAAGAUCUGCUACAGAUGGUCAUUCAGGCUGAGGACAGGAGGGGGCAAAAGGGGCAGGAGGGUCGGAGCCACGACAGCCUCUUGUCAUUUUUCAAACCUGGUUUCAUGAAAAAAGACAUUCCAAGGUCACCAAUCAAGGGGCAGGAUAGGCGUAUGAAUGGCCAUGGACAACUGGGAAAGCUGGCAUGUAGUAAUUUGGCCAAAAUGUCCCUCUCCAAUGGAACGCUGACCACAGUGGCACUAGAGGAGAGGAGGGCCAACAUCGCCCCCUGCUGUGACAACCAAAGCUGCAAAAUGCAGCUGGUGAACGGAAAGGCCGGGAGUCAUGACCCUGUAGACAUUAAGCGUGCUCACAGCUCCAGCAACAUCCAGACUAAGCUGGAUUUGACAUUUCGCAGGUGUGCGUCCCUCCAGAGGAACGGCGAAAUCGUGGUCCAUCCAACCCACCGCAUCCUGCUCUCAGACAAGCCCAGCUACGCCACUCUGCAGCGGACACGAUACAGUACCACCUCUUUGGUGCCUCUGUGACAGCCCAGAAUGACUGUUGAACCCUAGGACCUCUCUACUGAUCUCUACACGUGGCGCCCAGAGAAGCUGGCAGCGGGAUGCAUCACUGGAAAGAAAGAAAGAAAGUAUACCUUCUCUCUCCCAUUCAUAGUACUGUUAUAAGUUCUUACCUGUGUGUGUCUUAAACUAAAUCUAUGCAGAGUUGAAUUACUGAGGAGAGACACUGCUGUGAUGUGAUUUUUGCUUCCUGAGUUUGUUUUGCAAAGCAGUUUACUGUCAAUACAUGAGUUCAUGAGAUCAAUAUUUGAAAAGCAGAGGCUGAUUUGGUGAAUUAGCAUGUUUUUUUAGCCCAUUAUGCAUAGAGAGACAGAAAGAUUGUCAUGCCUUUUAUUACAUAAAACCAAUAUAAAGGUAGGAUAUCAACCAGAAAAUGUAGUUGAGUAUAUUGGAAUGUGUUCAGCAUAUACAAUUUACAGAUAAUGGGCUAAAACAUGUAAAGUUGUUCUUAAACACUGCAAAAAAAAGUACUAACACCUGCACUGUAAAUUGGCUGCUAUAACAACAUGCAUCAUUUGCUUUGUCAUUUAUUAUUAUUUUCAUGUUAUAUUAUCAUUGCACUUACUUUAAAAAAAAAACAAAAGUUAUUUUGCUACAU